AUGGCAUCAUCAUCAUCAACAGCAACCAAGCUCCUCUCAGUGGUCGCACUUCUCUUCCUCUUCUCCGCAAAGCUCACAGUCCCCCUUCCCAGCAACCCCUAUUGUUUACCCCAGUACGCCCAUGCCAACUGGGCCUGCUACUCCGUCCUCUUCGACAAACCAUCCAACGGUCCGAGCUCCGACGAUCACGUGGCAGUCUCAGUCGAACACCUCUCGGUUAAAUCCCACCAAGCUGGCUCAGUUGAGGCCAUGGUGAGCAGGCGAAAUAGAAGGCACAGGCGCACUGACAGGGUUAACGAUGAUGACGACGACGACGACGAUAACAAGAGGGGUGAUGACGAGUGCUGCCACGCGCUCGAGCGGGUGGACAACGAGUGCGUGUGCGACGCUCUCACAAAACUCCCGUUGUUUCUCACUGUGGCCGAGCAUGACUACCGUAUCAAGGUCCGCUCCAGCUGCAACGUUACGUUCGAGUGCGGCAUGCAUGGCGAGAUGCACAGGGGUUAA